CAGCAGAAGAAGACGCACAGGCGCUGCGGGAGAAAUUAAAAUGUCUGCUCCGAAAACCAUCCCGAAAGACGCUCAGGUGAUGAUCCAGAUCCUGAAGGACAUGGGCAUCACCGAGUACGAGCCGCGAGUCAUCAACCAGAUGCUGGAGUUCACCUACAGAUACGUGACGACCAUCAUCGAAGACGCCAAAAUCUACGCCACACACGCCAAGAAGUCCAGCGUGGACGCCGACGACAUCAAGCUGGCCAUCCAGUGCCGCAUGGACCAGUCGUUCACGUCGCCGCCGCCCAGAGACUUCCUGCUGGAGGUGGCCCGGCAGAAGAACCAGACCCCCCUCCCGCUCAUCAAGCCCUACACGGGCCCCCGGCUGCCCCCGGACCGCUACUGCCUCACCGCCCCCAACUACAGGCUCAAGUCCAUCCAGAAGAAGGUGUCAUCGUCGGCCGGCAGGAUCUCGGUUCCUCGCCUCAGCGUCGGCGCCGUCUCCAGCAGACCGACCACGCCGACGCUCGGGACUCCGUCCGUCCAGUCGGUCUCCACUAAAGUCGGAGCUCCGGUGUCUCUGACUGGCCAGAGGUUCACCGUUCAGAUCCCACCGCCCUCCCAGACGGCCACCACCAAGACCACGACGCCGUCGACGCCGGCCGUCUCCAACGUGCUCAUCAACCCGUCUCUGAUCGGCUCCAAGAACAUCCUCAUCACCACCAACAUGGUGUCGCAGAACUCCGGCGGCGAGUCGCUGAAGAGGAAGCACGAGGACGACGACGACUACGACGCUUUAUGACGACGACAACAGCUGUGAAAAGAUUAACCCCCGACUCACCAGAACCCGACCCAGAACUCAUAACGCUAGUUUUUCUAGAACGUUCCCUUGACCGCCGGCUCGCUGGACUCUAACGAAGCUCCGACGUGAUUCAUGAUUAAAAAGAAAAGUUCAAAUCAAAUCUGUGUCUGUUUUUAGAGGAACGUUUACACUUUUAGAUAAACAGAUCCAGUUAGUAAAUAAACGAAGCAGAACCAGGA